UGAUGAUGUGCAAUCAAACAUCUACCAAAAGCGAAAGCUUCCAGUUGCCAAUCGUAACAGGAUCAACUCGUUCCAGCCCCCGGAUGCCAAACCAAUACAGUGAUAUCUAGUGCUUAAGAUGGAUGCUGCCGACCUGAGGUUGCUGAAGAUCAAGACCGGAAGUUUGAACAGGCUCAAGAAAGAGCUGGGACUGUACAAGCAGGAAGAGGAGCAAGAACGACAAAAAGUGGCGAGGAUGAAGUCAGAGAAUGCAGACUAUCAUGACAUCAAACAUGCUGAGAAUGUCCUGGAGGAAGCCACUCGCAUGAUACCAGACACCAGGCAGCGCUUGGAAGGAGCCCUGCAGGACCUCAGCAACUUCAUGAGCGGCUUGAAGGAGGAGGCAGCCAGUGCAGAGGAGCUUGCUACAGCCAAAGAGGCAGCCAGUGCAGCCCAGCUGGCGCUGCAGUAAGGGCAGUUAUUAAGGGCAACCAGUAAGGAUACCAGUAAAGGCAACCAGAUCUGAACUUUAAAAGCUGCAGCGCACACAGACACAAUGCAAUUAUUAGCAUGAAUGGCCUUCACCUCAGUCGCAGCACAGUAACAGUGAGAUUGAAGGCCCCUCGGUCAAUUCAGUUUGUCAGAUUCUGGCAGUCAGAUUGCAUGAAAAGGCCUGGUGUUGCUCAAUGCAGCGCCAGGCGCUCAUUUUCAGCUGCUGCAGAAUGAACAUAGGCUUCACAGUCAUGACAGCUUAAAUAUGGCCAAUGUGGCCCUGUUCGCGACAGCAGAAACAAAAAAUAUGCUGUGUCUAUCCCUGCGUUCUGUACACUGCUGUAUGUCUGCAAAAUCUAUAAGGCGCCAGAGACCACCUACUUCCAGUCAGCUGCAGCUUGGUCCACCACAUACUGGGAGAGCCGCUGUAUCUCUUCAUCAGAUAGCCUCGGCCCGAAUGUGCACUUUCCCUUUGGAGUGCAACCGGUGCCGUAUCCAGGCAUCUUCCCUUUGCCACUGUAUACAAGAUCAUAAAUGGAUUCCACAGUAGCCACGCUGUUUCGUUUGAGGUCCCCUUCCCUCAAAGUGGCUCCAGCUUGCACCACAUUGCCACCACCAACAUGGCAACCUAUGCAAUUCUUAUUGAAGGAGAGAGAGGUGCUUUCAUCGGCAUAAGCAGCAGCACUUAGUAGAUGAGCUGCUGCUGCGAUCCCUAGCAGAUCUGAGCCCAAUUGUCGAAAUCUAUGUGAGGCUGCACUUUCGCAAGGUCGUCUUUCGGGCCUUCUACAGGACGCACUAUGUGAGGCAAGGCAUCUAGUUUGGUGGUGGCAGCCACUUCCAAGCAUUUCUUAUCCCUGGUGAUACGCCCCAAGCUUUUCAAUGCCGUUAUAAAUACAGUCGACCUUCGUUGAUGCUGGAAAGAGAUCCGUCUGGUCUUGGUGUUGGACGAGCUGUGACUCACAGCCUGUGACCCUACUCCCUAAAUAUAAGCCUAUAUCAGUCAGGUAUGCAGGAAAAUGCCAGGCCUGUGACUUGGCUGUGACUUCACAGAGAUGCUUGACAUUGUGCAGCAAGGGAAAGAAGUCCACAUGAU